AUGGCGUCGCCAUUCUCGACCAACGGCAACGGCACUCCCGCUGCGGCGAAUACCACCGCAGUCUCUAUCAGCGACAUACCGAAGUCAUGGACAUUCACGUCGAAGCUGCCGCCCGACUCCGUCUUUCCCACGCCCGCCGACUCGCACAAGACCCCGCGCGACCGGAUCGGACCCCGCCAGGUCCGCGAUGCGCUGUACACAUGGGUGCGCCCGCAGACCGUCAACUCGCCCGAGCUGCUGGCCAUCAGCCCGGCGGCGAUGCGCGACCUGGGGAUCAGCGAUGGCGAUGAGCACACCGAAGACUUCAUCAACACCGUCGCGGGCAACAAGCUUCAGGGGUGGGACGAGGAGAAGCAGGAGGGCGGUUACCCUUGGGCGCAAUGCUACGGCGGCUUCCAGUUUGGAUCGUGGGCCGGUCAGCUGGGCGACGGCCGCGCUAUCUCCCUCUUCGAGACGACGAAUCCGAGCACGGGCGGACGAUACGAGCUACAACUGAAGGGCGCUGGCCUGACACCUUACAGUCGGUUCGCGGAUGGCAAAGCCGUGCUGCGGAGUAGCAUACGGGAAUUCGUUGUCAGUGAGGCGCUGAAUGCGCUGGGAAUACCUAGCACGAGAGCGCUGAGCUUGACCCUGCUACCGGGUGUCAAGGUGCGGCGCGAGGCCAUCGAGCCAGGUGCCAUUGUGGCGAGAUUCGCGCAGUCGUGGCUGCGCAUCGGAAACUUCGAUAUUCUGCGAGCGCGCGGCGACAGAAAGCUGAUCCGGCAGCUGGCGACGUACGUGGCAGAGGACGUCCUUGGCGGCUGGGAGAAUCUACCUGGACGACUUGAAGACCCCGAUAAGCCGAAGGAAAGCCCACCGCCGAAGCGUAAUAUCGCCUCAGAGACGAUAGAGGGCCCGACGGAAUCAGCUGAGAACCGCUUCACUCGCCUCUAUCGAGAAAUCGUGCGGCGCAAUGCUCUUACGGUUGCGAAGUGGCAAGCUUAUGGUUUCAUGAACGGGGUGCUGAACACGGACAACACGUCUCUAUUCGGGCUCAGUAUCGACUUCGGCCCCUUCGCCUUCAUGGAUAAUUUCGACCCUUCGUACACUCCCAAUCACGAUGACCACAUGCUGCGGUACAGCUAUCGCAACCAGCCGAGCAUCAUCUGGUGGAAUCUUGUGCGGCUAGGCGAGUCGCUGGGGGAGCUCAUCGGUGCUGCCGAUCGAGUAGAUGAUGGGCAGUUCAUCGAAGACGGCGUAGCAGAGGACGAGGCCGAAACCAUCAUUGCAAGAGCCGAAAAGGUCAUCAUGCAGAUUGGUGAGGAAUACAAGGCUGUCUUCCUAGGCGAAUAUAAGAAGGUGAUGACAGCUAGGCUGGGCCUCAAGAACUUCAAAGAAGGUGAUUUUGAGGAACUCUUCAGCGGUAUCCUGGAUACCAUGGAGGCGCUGGAGCUAGACUUCAACCUCUUCUUCAGACGACUGAGUGCGGUUAAGAUCAGCGAGCUGGAGACGGAACAGUCGAGGCAAGAAAAGGCCGGCGUCUUCUUCUACAAAGACGGGGUCACAGGCAUCGGCGGCGAAGCAGAGGGCUGCAAGCGCGUCGGCGACUUGCUGAGCAAGUGGCGGACACGCAUCAUCGAAGACUGGGGCGACGACGGGCAGGGCGGCAUGUCGGAAGAGCAAGACUCGCAGCGGAUACAGGCAAUGAAGAAGGUUAAUCCCAGCUUCAUCCCCAGAGGCUGGAUUCUCGACGAGAUCAUACAGAAGGUACAGAAGAACAAGGAGAACGACGUCCUGGACCGGGUCAUGCACAUGGCGCUACAUCCCUUCGAGGAUAGCUGGGCUAGCCGCGAGUUCGACGGUGAGGUGUAUGCAGGGGACAAGGACGAGGAGACUCGUUGGACCGGCGAUGUGCCUAGGGCUGGACGGGCUAUGCAGUGCAGUUGCAGCUCGUAG